AUGAGAGCACUGCGAGCGCUCGUCGCCCUUCUACUAGCAUUCUUCACCACCACACAAGCCUUCAUGAUCGAUAGUGACGAAUACAACGGAUUGAUCGACUAUCCGCUCCCGAAAAGAAGCUUCGACCAAGUCUGGCGCAAUAUUCAGAUGCAAAUGCCUGGAGCACAAAAGAGAACCGAAUCGUUGUCGAGAGCCAGAGCCAAUGCCUACUAUAGACUCGGCUAG